AUGGAUCUCUCAGAGGGCAGUGGGACCCCUCUAAAGGAGAAAGUCAGACGACUGACCAAUGAAAAUGUGCAGUUAUUGGACCGUAAUGAGAGACUAUACGCAAAGCUCAACGAAUUGCAGGAGAAGAUGGGAAAACUCGCUGGCUCCAAGACAGAUCUCUCAUCCAAACUGGUCUUCAGCGAGGAGGAAAAGCUGAAGAUUUCCAAAGAACUCAUUGAGCUUCAGAUUGAGACAAACAACAUUAGAGAACACUAUGAGGCGGAGACGUUUGAACUGAAGAACACGAUCUUGACUCUAGAGAACAGGUUGAUGUCCACAGAGCUAAGCAAGGAGAAGUUGACCGGGGAACAUGAGACAUUGAAAGAACGUCUCCGUUCAGUGGAAACCAACCGCAAAGAACUCGCUGAUGAAUACAUCGUUUUAAAGAGUAACUACCUAGCACUGAGCAAAGAACAUGAAAGAGAGGUGGCAAAGAACGAUGAAUUGAGCAUAGAACUUCUUAACCUGGCCAACAAUCGAAGACAUGAAGACACCCUUAACCAGUCACGGGCUCUGGUCAAUGAGGCUACUGCAGAGCUGGACAGAGUGCGAGACAUGGUUAAUCGGUUCUCUGCGCGCAGGAUCAAGCCAGAAGAGCUAGUGGCUUCGGAACAUGAAAGAAGAAAAUUGGAGAGAAAUCUUCUCGGGAACCAAGAUCACAUCAGAGAGGAGAUCGAGAGUAUGAAAAAGAUCCACGACACUCAACAGCAGAAAUUGGAAGAGCGAGUGGUCGCAAUGGGUAAAGAGCUCCAGGAGGCAAAAAGAGCCAUUCGCAACACCCAGCACAAGAUUGCUGAGCAAUCGGCGGUUCUUCUGACAUCGCAAAGCCAGUUAAAAGAAGUUGAAGCGGAGAAUUCCCGUCUGCAACUAAAUCUAAAGGAACUAAACGAGGAAUAUCGCUCCCGGCUCAACCGAUAUAUCCAGGAUCUCGCGGAUUAUGUGGAUGGGACAUUGAAGGCAGGAGGGUCCAACAGACCCCAAGUGGACCCAGUGCGAAUGAAGCAGUAUGUCGACAGUAUGUUUAGUGAUAUCAAAACCUCUCACCGUUCCAGAGAAGAGCAGCUUGCUACGGCAGCACGCCAGUACAAGAAACGUAUGCAGAACCUAGUGAAGAAACACGAGAGCCUGCUUAUUGCAUAUCGCAUGCAACGAGAGCAGAUCCUGAGUCUGGCAAACCAUGAUGUUGAUCCAGGACCUCCUGAACAUCACUUCUCCAUCACCGACCCGGAGCUACUAUCUCAGUCAUCUUUAGAGCUCAACCGACUGCGUGAGGACAAGGCUAGACUGGAGGCAAAAAUCCAGGAGCUAAAAGAGAAGAAAAGUUUGAAUGAAAGUACAGUCACAUCUAAACACCCCGGCCAGCUUAAUGAAGAGAGCUGGGCCGAGAUCAGGAAACAGCUGCGUGAAUUCACUCACAAUACUCAGGAGGAUCUGGAGAGGGAGAGGAGUCAGCUACUGUCCCGAGCAGUGGUAGCAGAAGAGCAGGUGGCUGAGCUACAGGAGUAUGUAGACAAACACCUUGGAAGGUACAAACAAGAGAUAAUGCGUCUGCGGAAACUGCUGGGUAACGAGGGCCCAAGAGCUUUCAGCGCUGACAAUUCUCAUUCACUCCUACUGCGAACUACAAGGAAAAACAGCCACGAAAUGUGAGCUUGUCCUCUGCUGGUUGGAACUGGUACGGCAGAGUGGACCGGCUAUCUUUACAAAAGGACUGAGACUAAAGCUUUAAUAUGUGGCUAACACAGAUUGACAGCUGAGAUAUUCUCACUUCCUCCUUUAAUAAACAGUCCAGCCUCGUAUCAUUUACCAACAAAAAAGUUACUGUGCACAUCAAACAAACACAACUCAUUUUACAGCAUUUUUUUAAAACUGGAAAUUACAUACUGUGUAAAUACGGGCUUAUUUUAUCCCUGAGAUUAUUUGUCCUGACUGAAAUGCUUCUAUUGCACAAAAUAGGGUCUUUAAUAUUUAACUGUGCAAAUGGACAUUUAUUUAACAAUUUCAAAGCUCAUUUCAUAAUUUGUAGAACAGAUAAAAGUUGUGAAUUGUCACGUAUUUCAGGUUUAAUGUAAAUUAAAAAGUUAAUUCAGGUUGCAUUUCAAAUGUUAGGCUAAGAUAGCCAUAGUAAAAAUUCUUCUAAUCAAAUCUGCUAUUUUUCUGUGGUCUAAAAUGAGAAAUUCCAUUUAAAUUUCCCACAACUCACAA